CUGCAUAUGUAAGAAAAAAACCUGCCAACGAGUCUGUACUGCAGCUGACAACAAUUGCAUGAAAUCUCCGUGCUCUCUCAUGCACCCGCUUUCACUUCCCUUCAUCUCCAACAAACCAAAUUUGUUUUGUACGGAGAAAAAUAUCCUAUUGGUUUCUUUUCAUUUUUUAUAUGUAUGAACAAGUCAAUAAGUCAAGUUCCCUAGAGUUCUUUACCUUGCUAGCUUUAAGACCUUGUCUUCUCUCAUACCAAGCACCUCAGCCCUUUUCCCAAUCUCUCACUCACUCUCCCUCUCUCAAAGUUUCUCUUUGUGCUUUGCUUGAAUUUGUGUGGUCACAACACUAGGUGGCUUCCAUGGGAAGAGCUCCAUGCUGUGACAAAGCCAACGUGAAAAGAGGGCCAUGGUCACCUGAUGAAGAUGAUACCCUCAGAAACUACCUUGCCAAACAUGGCACUGGUGGCAAUUGGAUUGCCCUUCCCCGCAAAGCAGGUCUUAAACGCUGUGGGAAGAGUUGCCGCCUAAGGUGGCUUAACUAUCUAAGACCAGACAUCAAGCAUGGAGGAUUUACGGACGAAGAAGACAACAUUAUAUGCUCCCUCUAUAGUAGCAUAGGAAGCAGGUGGUCUUUGAUAGCAGCCCAACUGCCGGGCAGAACUGACAAUGAUAUAAAGAACCAUUGGAACACCAAGCUGAAGAAAAAACUAUUUGCAGCAAAGACUGGAGUCGACCAAAACAGCAACAAUCAUGAAUCAACAAUCACUGACAGCUCUACUACUUCGGUUCCUAUUGAAGCUGAGGCUCUUGUUAAUGGCAGUACUACAACUACUACAUCGUCUUCUUACAUGAUAAACAUGAAAUACCAGCAAAAUUAUGAUUAUCCAGGGCUGGUUUUGGACCAGAUUGAUCAGUUUACUCUUCCAGGGCUUAUGGAAUAUAGCAUCACCAGUACUGCUAAUGACAAUUACAGUAUGUCAUCAUCUUCUCAAGAAGUUUCAAUUCUUUGCAAUUCGUCUUCCUUUGCCCCGGAGAACAAUUCCACCGCUUGGUUUAUUGAUGGUGGUGCUGAAGAUCAAGGAAUCUUAUUGGACCAGCUUGAUUUUGAGGGCCCUCACUAUCUUUUCACUGCCUCUGGUCAACAAAUAUAGUGAAAAGUAGCGAAACUUGCUCCAUGCUCAACUUAUAAAGCUGGCUAACAGUACUUUAUAAUAUUAACCCAAUUGUAGUGAUCCAUGCAUAUCAAUAUAGCCUAGAGUUCAUCCAAAAUGAAGCCGGGAAAUUAUUUUUAAGAAAAGAAGGGAAAUUAAGUAGAACUUUUAGGAUAUAUCUAAUGGAGACUGUAACUCUUAAUGAAUUAUACUUGGAUGUUUCCAAGGUUAUGUAAAGUUUAAUGAAGCACAUUGUGAAUAAUUAGUUGUGUGGGUUGUCCUA